CCUUGCAUGACAUUAACGUUUAAGGUGGAAGGUUGAUUAAAGAGUUCUAGUAUGAUUGUGAUUCUGAAUGUUUAUUUUGGAAAGUUCUUUUUUAAAAUGUCUUGUGUGAUAUGUAAUAUGAUCUAAAUGUGUCUUUUUCUCGGAGCUUAUAUACCACUCUCGGUGGUUAUAUUCUAGGUGUCAGUCUAGGGGAUGUGUUUUCAUCAACGUCUUUUUGUGAGGUGGGAAUCUAUAUCUGUCCAAUCAUGUAACUGUCGAAAUGUUGUGAGCGUCUCGCAAGUGAUGCGUCUUGUAUGUAUUUUAUUUCAACAUAUAAACCACGAUCAUACAAACAAGUCUCAACAUUUACUACGGAAUACUACGGGAUUGUGACUAGACAUAGUUUGCCCUAAACUUCGGUAUGUGAGUGUCGGGACCUGUUUAUAUGAUAGUGCUACGGACAAUUCACAGAAGGUUUACAUCUGAUAGAGAGUAUCCUCUCUGCUCUUAAUGUAAUUUUCAACGUUUCUUUCAUUAAAUAGAAACUCGCCAUAAGUGAUCUAGAGGCUUACUUCAGUUCAUAGAUGUUCGAAUUUUUAACUUAUUAAAUGUAACGACUUUUAGAACAAAUAGAAAAUAAUAGAGAUAAUCUAUCUAUAUAAGGUUCUUAAACAAUUAUAUGAGAUAAUUUUUAUUAAUCUUGUACUUGAUAAUUGGUUCUACCAUGAAAUCUGUGAAUUCAAAACCACUUGUUCCAAUACGAAAGCACGGAAACCGACCAAAAUGUGAUAACGACGCAAUUAAGGAACCUGUUAAAGUCUUUUGUCGCAUAAGGCCAAUGGUUCAUCCCAAUGAUGAAUCUUGUAUAAAAAUUAUUUCUGACACAAGCUUCGUUAUUACACCUUCAGAAUCAGUAACAAAUGGUCGUAAUGUAAAUAAAGCUAUUCAAACGUCUUUUAGUCACAUUUUUGGUCCAAAUUCUUCUCAAGGAGAAGUAUUUGAUAUAGUAGCAUUGCCACUUAUUCGGAAUCUUAUUAAUGGUAAAAAUAGUUUACUCUUCACAUAUGGAGUAACUGGAAGUGGCAAAACUUACACUAUGUCUGGUAAUCUGCAUGAUGCAGGCAUCAUGCCUCGUAGUUUAGAUGUUAUUUUUAAUAGCAUAGCAAACUAUCAAACAAAAAAAUUUGUCUUUAAACCUGAUAAACUAAAUGGCUUUGAUGUACAAAGUGAAGUUGAUGCACUAUUGGAUAGGCAGAAUGAACUUCAAAAACUUGUUACUUCUUACAAUGGAAAAGCUUUUAGACAAUUUAAAGGAGAUGGUAAUAACGAUAACAAUGAAAAUAUCUUAAAUUUAAGUAAUGAAUCAGAAAUAUUACAUGUUGAUGAAGAUAAUGCAUAUUCAGUUUUUGUAACAUACAUAGAAGUCUAUAAUAAUAGUGUAUAUGAUUUAUUGGAAGAAAAUGAUGGAAAAACUAAAACUUUGCAAAAUAAAAUUAUUCGUGAAGAUGGAAAUAGAAAUAUGUAUGUUCAUGGAUGUACAGAAGUAGAAGUAAAGAGUUCGGAAGAAGCAUUUGAAAUAUUCCAACGUGGGCAAUGUAAAAGACAUAUUGCACAUACUAAUCUUAAUACAGAAUCAAGCAGAUCUCAUAGUGUUUUUACUAUAAGACUUGUCCAGGCACCAUUAGAUAAGGAAGGUGAACAAAUUGUCCAAAAUAAACGAGUGAUUUGUGUUAGUCAGUUGUCUUUAGUAGAUUUGGCAGGAAGUGAGCGUACAAACCGUUCAAAAAACACUGGACAAAGACUUAGAGAAGCAGGAAAUAUAAAUAAUUCGUUAAUGACACUACGCACUUGCUUGGAAAUACUACGUGAAAAUCAAACUCAAGGUACAAAUAAAAUAGUCCCUUAUAGAGAUUCUAAAAUAACACAGUUGUUUAAGAAUUACUUCGAUGGCGAGGGAAAUGUUAGAAUGAUCACUUGUGUGAAUCCUAGUGCUAACGAUUAUGAUGAAACAAUUCAAGUCUUAAAGUUUGCUGAAGUCAGUCAAGAAGUACAAAUUACAAAUUCCACAACUUCAAAAUUAGAUUUAGGAUACAUACCUGGUAGAAGACAAGCUAAUAAAAUAUUUAAAGAAGCAAGAAACAGAUUAGAAAAUGCUGGUAAUCCAGCUGCUGCUGAUUUGGAAAUUGAUUUGGGUUUAGUAUAUAGUCUUGGAGGGUCAUUCCCAGAAAUGGAAAUAACAAGUCCACAUAAUGACGAAAUAAUUACUACACUUAUACGUUUCUUAGAAUUGCGUAUUCAGAAGCGGGAUAUUUUACAAGAAGACCUGAAACAGAAACAAACGAAUUUUAGGAACAUGAUAGUAAAAGUCGAACGGGAAAAUGUAUCUUUAAAAAUUGAAAAUUCUACAUUGAAAGCAUCAAACGAUCAACGGCAAAAAAAGAUCUCUGCUUUGGAAGCUCAUAUUUGUAAAACAGAAGCUCAAAUUGAUACUCUACUAUCCAGAUUAAAUAAUGCAAACGAUAUAAUCAGGCAUAUGAAACAAGAUUUACAGAACAAGAGUAUGUUACUGAAUCAACGUGCAAUAGAUAAGCAGAGGGUAAAAGAAAAAUAUAAUAAUAAAAUUCAAGCAGAAACUGAUAAAAUGAGUAAAGAACUGGAAAGCAAACUUCGUAGGCAACGUGAACUUCUUCAGAAUCAAAUGAAAGAAAAAGAAGAUAAACUGAAGUUAGUAAAACAAAUAUUAAUAAGCGAUGAUGAGAUGAGUAAAAAUGAUAGACCAGAAUCCAAGGAAACAAUUCAAGUACAGAACGAUAUUGAAAUGCCGAUAACAUCGAAAAUUACUACAACUGUUCCAAACACUGCCUCGGAAUCCAUACUUAUUACAACUACACCAAAAACUACUACAAAAACUGUUUCUACGAUUAAAUUUGAAGAUUGCAAUGAUACCCGAUCAAGUAGAAAAGAUAGAAUUCCAGUAGUGAAUCCGCGCUAUAGACGGUCACAAAGUGCAGAUAGAUGGCUUGAUCAUCGACCUCCUGGAUUAGUUCCGGUUGGUACUAUCCUUCAACCAGUAAUUCGAAAUAAACGAAUAAGCGUCAAGCAAUUAACAGAUCCGAAAGAUAUAACAAAUAAAGCAUCCAGAUACUGUCUUGUUGCUCAAGAACAAGACACAGACGGCGAACUUGAAACUAAAUUAUACAAAGGAGACAUAUUACCAACUAGUGGAGGAGGUGCACAAGUGGUAUUUAAUGAUAUGGAGUAUUUAAAACAAGUUUCACCUAUUGCAAGAAGGAAACGCAGCGGUUAUUUGAGCCCAGGAGAGAAUUCCACUUCUCAAAAAGAUUACUGUGGUUCAGAACAAAAUAACUCAAAGAAACUCCGUAUAUAAUUUAUUAAGGAAGUUUUUGACGUGUUAUUGGUUUAAUCUUGAAACAUGAUAGACCCCAUAACAAAAAAGUUAAAUAUAUAUAAAGCAUAUAUAAAAACCAAAGACGCGAAGAAAUUAAAUUUUCUUCAAUUUUGGAUGCAAUAACUAAAGUACAAACUAAUUUUAAGUAUAUAAUUACCUAGUAUAUUUUUGUUUCGUUUGAUGAUAAAGUAUCUAUCAUUCGUUAGUAAUUUACUUUAUACAUAAAAAAUAAUUGUUUUUAGUUUAAACUAUGUAAUCAUAUUAUUACAACAAAUAUCUUUUAUUAUCUAGAGCGUAUUAUAAAAUAAAAUUCAACAUUCUCUUUCCUAA